AUGGAGGGCUCAAAUUCAAACUAUAAUCACAGACGGAACUUGCAUCAUGCUGAAUCACAUCUUUUUCUUAAAGAAGAUGAACUUGUGGGGAUAAAGGAUAAAAGACAAUUGCUAAUGGGUCCGUUGAUGGAUGGCGAGCCAGAACGAACUGUCAUUUCAGUAGUCGGGAUGGGAGGAUCAGGCAAAACCACACUAGUUGCCAACAUCUACAACAAUGAUGAUGUAAAGAGACAUUUUGACUGUUAUGCAUGGAUCACUGUUUCUCAAGUACAUGACACAGAAGACUUGUUGAGAAGCAUGAUUAAAGAAUUCGACACAUCAUGGAAGAAUUCUGAUCAAGUCUAUCCAGAGGACUUGAGAUCCAUUGAGUACAGAGCAUUAUCAGAAAGGUUGGUAAACUACUUAGAGAAGAAAAAGUAUCUACUUGUGAUAGAUGAUGUUUGGGACACAGACCUCUUAGAUUAUUUAAAGGCGCCACUACCAGAUGGUUGUCCUGGGAGCAAUAUCAUUGUUACCACUCGAAAUGAAGAUGUAGCUAGCUAUCAUUUUUGGGGUAAAAUCCAUAUUCAUCGUAUUGAGCUGCUGGAAAAGGAAGAGGCGUGGAUACUCUUUUGCAAGAAGGCAUUCUCAAGUAGUCCAAAUGGAUGUUGUCCACCGGAGCAUGAAUUGUUGGCUCAAGAACUUGUGGGGAAAUGUCGAGGCCUACCUCUUGCAAUAGUGGCUUUGGGAAGUCUUAUGUACUCCAAGAACAUUUCUCAAUGGAACAAAAUUCACAACAGCUUGAAUUGGAAUCUUAGUAACAAUCCUAGGCUACAAGGAGUGAAUAGUAUAUUGUCACUUAGUUUCAAGGAUUUGUCACACCAUUUGAAGCAUUGUUUCUUAUAUUGUUCCUUUUUCCCAGAAGAUUAUAUGAUUAGAAGAAAGAGGCUAAUGAAGCUAUGGUUUGCAGAAGGAUUUAUUGAACAAGUUAAAGGGUCUACUCCAGAAGAUGUAGCAGAGAGAUAUCUUGAAGAACUCGUUUUCCGAAACAUGCUUCAAGUUGUAAGGAGGCUAGGAAUGAAUUUGGAAGGCCAAAAGCAUUUAAGAUGCACGAUGUUAUGCGGGAUCUUGUUUUAUUAA